AUGUUUGAGGUGCCGGGCCCUAUAAGGACUCUCUUUGACACUUUUCCAUUGAAAACGUACCCUCCUGUUUAUAGCAAGCCUGAUGAAGAAGGUCUUGUCUAUUUUGGAACUAAGGACCCAGCCUCUCUCCAGAGCUCUGCAAAGUUCACUUUGGGAGUACACGGCCUAAUUCAAAUUGAGGGUAAAAUGAUCCCCACGGAUCCAUUUUCACUUGCCAAUUGCCUCAUACUCUGUUACCGCCAUGGUCUUCUAUUACCGAAGAGUGACAUAAAGUCUUCUUACAGCAUGAUGGCCUUGUCCUACGAAGCAUCUCCGACAGAUGAACUACCCAUACUCGUCGAACAAAAUGAAGAAAACGUGUCAAUAAUAACUUCUGACGAAAUCUGCACCUCCUUGAACAAAAAGUAUUUUAACGAUUGUGUCACUGACCUUUUGAUAAACUCGUUUCUCGAUGAUCUAAACGACUUGUGGGUGCUAAUCUUGCUUAGUGAUGUUGCCCAGUCUCAGGGCACGCAUUUCGAAAAGAUAUUCGAUUUUAUUGGGAAAAACAGUGGCAACGAAUUUGUGAAGGGUCUUCUUGUCACAAGGCUUUUGCACGCUAUCCCCUCUUGGUGUUCGUUCAAGGCAAAAAAUCCACUGCUUUUCACCACCAACAGAGCGUACGCUGCUCUUCGUAAUAAAGAAUUGACUGAGGUGUUUUACAAGUCCAACGCAAAGGCUCUUCAAAAAUUAUACUUCGAGAAAAUGUGUCUUUUCCAGAGGAACCUACUACAAGUGUGGGAUUUCGUGAGGACCCGAGAUAACUCCGAAGUAUCUGCUAUACUUGAGCUCAAAAUUGCAGCAUUCAUCUUCGUAAUAAGUGAGUUUGUCAGUGAUGACACCCAUAUUGGGCUCAUGAUCAAACGAGAUGACUUCAAAGAUAUAGUAAAGGAGUGCAGAAGCAUAGUACUUGACAGAUUCUCUUAG